AAAAACAACUAUUUGUUGAAGAUAAACAGUCAAGCUUUAUUAAAAUCAUGCCUACAAUCACGCCUUUUGAGGAAGGUAUCAAAUAUCAAAAAGCUAAGAAUUAUGCAAAAGCAUGGAAAUGUAUUAAAGAAAAUGCAGAGGUUGGCAAUAAAGAUGCAAUAUUUUGGAAGGGAUAUUAUUUGACUCAUGGAUAUGAUGUUGUUGAGCCAGAUCCAGCGCAAGCCAUGGAACAUUAUAAAGAAGCAGCCGACUACGGUCAUGUUGAAGCACAGUAUCGAUAUGCAAUUUUACUACUUAAAAAUCUUAAAAAAGAUGAUGAUGAAGAAACAAAAAAAGAAAAAUGUGAAAAAAUUAUACGCUAUUAUAAAUCUGCAGCUGAAAAUAAAAACUCUGAUGCAAUGUACUCUUUAGGGGAUAUUUACUUUAACGGAAAACUUAGAGUGGAAAAGAAUGAGCAACUUGGUUUAGAAUAUUUAAAAUCAGCAGCAGAUCUUAAGAACGACAAAGCGAUGUUUUAUUUAGGGGAUCUUUACCUGAAUGGAAAACCUGGGAUGAUGGAAAAGAAUGAACAACUCGGCUUAGACUAUUUAAAGUCAGCAGCAGACCUUAAGAAUGAAAAAGCAAUUAUCAUGUUAGGAGGUUUAAAAAAAUCAGAGAGUUCC